AUGAAGGAGAAGUCGAAGAAUGCGGCCAAGACCAGGAGGGAGAAGGAAAAUGGCGAGUUUUAUGAGCUGGCCAAGCUGCUCCCGCUGCCAUCGGCCAUCACCUCGCAGCUGGACAAGGCGUCCAUCAUCCGACUCACCACGAGCUACCUGAAGAUGCGCGCUGUCUUUCCCGAAGGUUUAGGAGACGCGUGGGGACAGCCGAGCCGCGCGGGGCCCCUGGACAGCGUCGCCAAGGAGCUGGGAUCGCACCUGCUGCAGACUUUGGAUGGCUUUGUGUUCGUGGUGGCGUCUGACGGCAAAAUCAUGUAUAUUUCGGAAACAGCUUCUGUACAUUUAGGCUUGUCCCAGGUGGAGCUCACAGGCAACAGCAUUUAUGAGUACAUCCAUCCUUCCGACCACGAUGAGAUGACUGCUGUCCUGACAGCCCACCAGCCUCUUCACCAUCACCUGCUCCAAGAGUAUGAGAUCGAGAGGUCGUUCUUUCUUCGAAUGAAGUGUGUCUUGGCGAAGAGAAACGCCGGCCUGACCUGCAGCGGAUACAAGGUCAUACACUGCAGCGGCUACUUGAAGAUCAGGCAGUAUAUGCUGGACAUGUCCCUGUACGACUCAUGCUACCAGAUCGUGGGGCUGGUGGCCGUGGGCCAGUCACUGCCGCCCAGCGCCAUCACUGAGAUCAAGCUGCACAGCAACAUGUUCAUGUUCAGGGCCAGCCUCGACCUGAAGCUGAUAUUCCUGGAUUCCAGGGUGACCGAGCUGACUGGGUACGAGCCACAGGACCUGAUCGAGAAGACCCUGUACCAUCACGUGCACGGCUGCGAUGUCUUCCACCUGCGAUAUGCGCACCACCUCUUGCUGGUGAAGGGCCAGGUCACCACCAAGUACUACCGGUUGCUGUCCAAGCUUGGCGGCUGGGUGUGGGUGCAGAGCUGCGCCACCGUCGUGCACAACAGCCGCUCGUCCCGGCCCCACUGCAUCGUGAGUGUCAAUUAUGUCCUCACGGACAUCGAAUACAAGGAACUGCAGUUGUCCCUGGACCAGGUGUCCACGUCCAAGUCCCAGGACUCCUGGAGGACCGCCUUGUCUACCUCACAAGAAACUAGGAAAUUAGCUAAACCCAAAAACAUGAAGAUGAAGACAAAGCUGAGAACAAACCCUUACCCCCCACAGCAAUACAGCUCGUUCCAAAUGGACAAACUGGAAUGCGGCCAGCUCGGAAGCUGGAGAGCCAGCCCCCCCGUCCACACCCCCGUUCCCCCAGAACAGCAGCUCCAUUCAGAAGGCGGCGACCUUCUGUACGCCCCGUCCUACAGCCUGCCCUUCUCCUACCAUUACGGACACUUCCCUCUGGACUCUCACGUCUUCAGCAGCAAAAAGCCAAUGUUGCCGGCCAAGUUCGGGCAGCCCCAAGGAUCCCCGUGCGAGGUGGCACGCUUUCUGCUGAGCACGCUGCCGGCCAGCGGCGAGUGCCAGUGGCACUAUGCCAACCCCCUAGUGCCGGGCAGCCAGUCUCCAGCUAAAAGCCUUUCCGAGCCGCCGGUGAACCCUGCUCGGCACAGCCUCGUGCCAAACUACGAAGCGCCCGCCGCAGCCGCGCGCAGGUUCGGCGAGGAUACCGCGCCACCGCUGCCGAGCUUCCCGAGCUGCGGGCACUACCGCGAGGAGCCGGCGCUGGGCCCGGCCAAGGCCGCCCGCCAGGCCGCCCGCGACGGGGCGCGGCUGGCGCUGGGCCGCGCGGCCCCCGAGUGCUGCGCGCCGCCGGCCCCCGAGCCGCCGGGCACGCCGGCGCAGCUGCCCUUCGUGCUGCUCAACUACCACCGCGUGCUGGCCCGCCGCGGGCCGCUGGGGGGCGCUGCGCCCGCCGCCCCCGCCCUCGCCGGCGGCCCCGGCGCCCCCGAUGCGGGGGCCGGCGCGCUGCGACCCCGGGCCCCCGACCCCGCCACCGCCGCCUCGCCGCCCGGCGCGCCCCUGCCGCACUACCUGGGCGCCUCGGUCAUCAUUACCAACGGCAGGUGA